AUGGUCCUCAUCCUCAGGUACAUCUGCAAGGAGCAGGAGGUGGUCUACAGGCGGGACAAGGUCAGGGCGCACUUCAGCAGGGAGCUGGUGGUGGUGUUCUGGCUGGCUUUGUUGGAGGGGUUCCUCAACAGGAAGUUGGAGGCAGACUCCAUCUUGGACUUCUUCCUGGGGCUCCUCAGUUUGGGGCACAUCAGCAUGGGGUUGGUGGGUUUCAUGCACAACAAGGAGCGCCAGCUUUGGGUCAUCCUCUUCAAGGAGUGUGUGGUCACGGAGGUGGUUGUGGGCAGGGAGCUCAGCAAGACGGCCAGUGUGCAGUUGGCCAAUCGUCCACUGGUGUCGGGCAUCCUGGGCUCAUGGAGGGCUGGGUCUAGCCCAGGAGGUGCGGCUCCAGGUGGUCUUCCUGGUGUGGUGGAGGCCAUGGUGGACAUCCCAAUGGACAUGGCGCUGGUGGUCUUCCUGGAGGUGGUGGUCAUGGAGGGCCUGGUGGGCAUCCUGAUCCACGGCGGUCCUCACAGAGGUGGUCUUGGUGGCCACGGUGGAGGGCAAGGUGGUGGGUCGUUUUGGGGUGUCAAGGAGGUGGUUUCCAAGGGCUCCUAA